ACAGUGCAGUGCGGUAGGAGGGUCACGUGGUAUGACGGGGCGUGAUGGCUGCUGCUUCGGUUUUCCAUCGGCUCCGGACGGGUUCGAAACUGGGGCCGCAGUUUGACCAGGAGGGCAACAUCAUCGAGGUUGAAACUCGUGAAGAUGAGGAACAAAGUGUCAAAUUGACAGAAAUUUUGGAAUUGCUGGUUGCUGCUGGAUACUUCAGAGCAAGAAUUAAAGGAUUGUCACCAUUUGACAAGGUAGUGGGUGGCAUGACAUGGUGUAUUACAACAUGCAACUUUGAUAUUGAUGUUGAUUUACUUUUUCAAGAAAAUUCUACAAUUGGUCAGAAAAUAGCAUUGACAGAGAAAAUUGUGUCUGUUUUGCCAAUUAUGAAGUGCCCUCAUCGCUUAGAACCACAUCAAAUCCAGGGUUUGGAUUUCAUACACACAUUCCCUGUUGUACAGUGGUUGGUAAAACGUGCAAUUGAGACCAGAGAAGAGAUGGGAGAUUAUAUUCGAUCAUUUUCAGUAUCUCAAUUUCAGAAAACUCAUAGUCUACUUGAGGAUGAUGAUUUCAAGCAACGGAAAGGCAAAGCUAUGAAAGCAGUUGUAGAAGUUUCUGAUGUUUAUAAACCACAACGCAAGUACAAACGGUUGGUUGCAGCAGGAGAGUUGGUAGAUGAAGAAUCUAGAGUCCAUUCUACCCUUUUAGAAUUUGGCCGCUUUCCUGAUUCCCUCAUUAAGUAUGGUUUAAGCAGACAGUCGAAAACUGAAAAGAGUGAAGACAAAAAAGGUGCCCUGGGAACUGGACUGGCAACUGGGGCGACUGACAUAUCUGAGGAAGAUGAUUUGCAGGCCGUUGAAGAGCUUCGCAUUAAAAAGCUGAUGACUGGAAUGGCUGUGAUGGCAACUGAAGAGGGAAAACUGACUGCCAGUACAGUGGGUCACAUUGUGGGAUUACAGUCAGAAGAAAUUAAACAGAUUGCAUCAGAGUAUGCUGAAAAGCAAUCUGAGUUUUCAGCCGAGGACCGCCCUGAACGACUUGGAGCCGCUCAGCAACAUCGAAGACAAGUUGCAUCUUUGAACAAGCAAAUCUUGCAACGGUCAAAGCAGUUGGAAGAGCUUCAAGUUAAAUAUAGUGGGAUUCAGGCAACAUGUGAGGAAGCAAAGAAGAAACUGGUGGAGGUUGUGAAUUAUGGGCAGAAAUUGGAUAAAGAGCUGUCUACUGUUGAAACUGCAGAAUCCCAAGCUGAUUCUAGCAUACUGGAGAAGUUGAGAGCAUUGGUCACAAUGAAUGAAGGUCUAAAGGACCAGGAACAGCAGUUUAGGAAUCAUUGCAGGGAAGAAAUGGCUCGAUUACAGCAGGUUAUCAAAAAUCUUAAGGGUGUAGCAGGGACUGAGGAAGCUGAAGAAAAGGAACACAAUGAAUUAAUAGAACAGCAGUAUAAAGGAGACAAAGAAAAACUACAGAAAAUACGAUUGUUGUUGGCUCGACGAAAUAGAGAAAUUGCUGUUUUGCAACGAAAAAUUGAUGAAGUACCAAGCAGGGCAGAAUUGACCCAAUAUCAGAAACGAUUUGUUGAGCUCUACAAUCAAGUUGCAGCAACUCACAAGGAAACAAAACAGUUCUUCACACUCUAUAAUACACUUGAUGAUAAAAAAGUGUACUUGGAAAAGGAGGUUAACUUGUUGAAUUCAAUUCAUGAUAACUUUCAACAGGCAAUGGCUGCCACUGCUGCUCGAGAUCAGUUCUUGCGCCAGAUGGAACAGAUUGUGGAAGGUAUUAAGCAGAAUCGCAUGAAGUUGGAGAAGAAAAAGCAAGAAAACAAAAUGAGACGUGAUCAGUUGAAUGAUGAGUACCUUGAACUGCUGGAGAAACAACGUCUUUACUUCAAAACUGUCAAAGAUUUUAAAGAGGAGUGUCGUGAAAAUGAAGUGUUGUUGACCAACUUGAAAGCCAAAGGGGCUUCCUGAAUGAAUUUACCAGGAAGAUAGUGGACUUGCUGUGUUCAUCUAGUUGAUGGCCUGAAUUUAUUAUUUAAUUACUAAGGAAUAGGAGUUGGAACUGAAUGCAUUCCAUACCUUAUUUUUGUUUGUGUAAUUUACUCAAAUGAGAAGUUAACAUAUUUGUAUAUCAAUUACACAAUAAGAUGAUCUGAGCAAAUUAGUUGUAUUAUUGUUGCAUAAAGGUCUGUUGUAAAAUAAAUUGAUUACAAAAUA